UUCCAAUCACCAUCGGACUCCAGACGUCCUAAUCACUAAUCAAUCGGGGAAGCACGCGCACCGCCACUACCACCGGAGUGUCUGCUCGUGAGGCCAAGGGGAGGGGAGGAGAGGAGAAGGUUUUUGGUUGUAGUGUGUGUGUUUCGCCGGCGAUGGGGGCGGAGGCGGAGUGCGACAGGAUAAAGGGUCCGUGGAGCCCCGAGGAGGACGAGGCGCUGCGGCGGCUGGUGGAGCGGCACGGGGCGCGGAACUGGACCGCGAUCGGGAGGGGGAUCCCCGGGCGGUCGGGCAAGUCGUGCCGCCUGCGGUGGUGCAACCAGCUCUCGCCGCAGGUGGAGCGCCGCCCCUUCACGGCGGAGGAGGACGCCGCCAUCCUGCGUGCGCACGCGCGGCUCGGCAACCGCUGGGCUGCCAUCGCGCGGCUCCUGCCCGGCCGCACCGACAACGCUGUGAAGAACCACUGGAACUCCUCGCUCAAGCGCAAGCUCGCCACCGCCACCGGCGGCGGCGCGGCGUGGGAGGACGCCAGCGACUCCGGCGACUCCCCGCGGCCGUGCAAGCGCGCGAGCCCGGGGCCAGAGAGCCCCACCGGAUCGGACCGCAGCGAGCUCAGCCACGGGAGCGGGCAGGUGUUCCGGCCCGUCCCGCGCCCCGGCGGGUUCGACGCCAUCAGCGCGGACGUGAGGCCGCCUCCACCGCGCCAGGACGAGGAUCCGAUCACCUCUCUCUCGCUCUCGCUCCCCGGACUAGAGCACGGGUUCCACCACGACAGCGCCCGGAGCCACUUCCAGGAGCUCUCGCCAUCGCCACGCUCGCCUUCUCCUCCACCGGCGCCGGCGCCCCAGCCGUCGUCCUCGUACCCGUUCAGCGGCGAUCUGGUGGCGGCCAUGCAGGAGAUGAUCCGCGCGGAGGUGUGCAAGUACAUGUCCGGUGUGGGGCUCCCCGCCGGGUGCGGCGCCGGCGCCGUGGGCGAGGCGUGCAUCCCGCAGCUCGUCGAGGGCGUGAUGCGCGCCGCCGCGGAGCGGGUCGGCGUCAUGACCCGCCAGUAAUAAAAAUAAAAACGCCAGUAGUAAAACCAUCGGCCGUCCGCCGAUGCAAGUGCAAAGAAGUCGCACCGCCGCUAGAUCUUGUGAAGUGUAGCGCUGAGCUGUAGUCGCUUUCUUUUCUGCUUCGUUCUGUUUGCGUUCCUGCUUUGGAGUCUGUUUAUUCUUCGGCCUGCUCUGAAACAGAGCGGCUGCGAAGUCGGCAAGGGGGAAAAGGAAAGAAAGAGAACGAAAAAAUGUGUUAAUUA